AUGGCGCACAUACAGAAGGCAAUGGCGGCUGCGUACGUCGUAGGGCUUUUUUCCAGAUUCCAAACUACAGUUCCAACAGUAAGAACUUUGUCCAUGUCACAGUCCUCAUUUAAAAUGUCAGAUUCUGUAUGGAAUCUGGGUCGACUCAAUCAUGUAGCCAUAGCAGUGCCGGAUUUGGAAAAGGCCUCAAUGUUUUAUGAGAAUAUUCUGGGGGCCCAGGUAAGCAAAGCGGUCACUCUUCCUGAACAUGGAGUAUCUGUUGUUUUUGUCAACCUGGGAAAUACCAAGAUGGAACUGCUUCAUCCAUUGGGCAAUGACAGUCCGAUUAAAGGUUUUCUGCAGAAAAACAAGGCUGGAGGAAUGCAUCACAUCUGCAUUGAGGUGAGUAACAUAAAUGCAGCUGUGAUGGAUUUGAAAAAAAAGAAGAUCCGUUGUCUAUCUGAAGAGGCCAAAAUAGGAGCACAUGGAAAACCUGUCAUUUUUCUCCAUCCCAAAGACUGUGGUGGAGUCCUUGUGGAACUGGAGCAAGCUUGAUUUAUAUAUGCAAGAAACUAAAUUAAUUGAUCUAAAAAAUUCUUAUCAA